CCCUAAUUUUGGUUGUUGCAGUCGAGAUCUCUCAUCACACACCCACCACCAACCAAAUCAGCUAUGACGGCGACAGAUCUUCUUGUUCCGAGCAAGAGACCGCGAGCCCCGAGCUUCUCCGAUAAGCAUCCUGGUGAUACUCACACCGCCGCCCUUUCUGAUUGGUUGCCUGAUCAGAGAGAUAUGGCGGCUGCCGAUCAGGUUCACCUCAGCAACUUUCUUGACCUCUGCCGUUUCUGCAAGAAGAGCCUACGUCCCGACCAGGACGUUUUCAUGUACGGCUACUUGGGGGCAUUCUGUUCCAAAGAAUGCAGAGCGAAACAGAUGGCAUGCGACAUCUUUAUGGAAUUUCCUCGACGUAAAGUAAACCCUAAGAAGGGAAGAAGAACGUCCAAUGAUGAAGCCUUGGACAGGAUCACUGCGUCAUCAUCAUCAUCAUCACGCUUUUAUAUAUGA